AUGGGCAAGGGCAAGAUGUGGUCUUUUGAGUGCUGCUCUCUCCACUUCCACGCUUUCCUACUGUACCUCUACACUCCUGACACACGGCAGCUGCAGCUCCUGCACUUCUGGCUCUUGCUGGGCAUCUACCUGGCUGCCCUCCUGGGCAACGGCCUCAUCAGCACAGCCGUAGCCUGCGACCACCGCCUGCACACCCCCAUGUACUUCUUCCUCCUCAACCUCGCCCUCCUCGACCUGGGCUGCAUCUCCACCACUCUCUCCAAAGCCAUGGCCAAUGCCCUCUGGCACACCAGGGCCAUCUCCUAUGCAGGAUGUGCUGCACAGGUCUUCUUUUUACUAUUCCUCUUUGGUGCAGAGUAUUCCCUUCUCACAGUCAUGUCCUAUGACCGCUACGUUGCCAUCUGCAAGCCUCUGCACUAUGGGACCCUGCUGGGCAGGAGAGCUUGUGCCACCAUGGCAGCAGCUGCCUGGGGCACUGGGUUUCUCUAUUCCCUGCUGCACACUGCCAAUACAUUCUCACUGCCACUGUGCCAAGGCAAUGCUGUGGAUCAGUUCUUCUGUGAAAUCCCCCAGAUCCUCAAGCUCUCCUGCUCAGUAUCCUAUCUCAGGGAAGUUGGGCUUAAUGUAAUAAGUGCCCUUGUCUUAUUUGGGUGUUUUGCUUUCAUUCUCUUCUCCUAUGUGCAGAUCUUCAGGGCCGUGCUGAGGAUGCCCUCUGAGCAGGGACGGCACAAAGCCUUCUCCACGUGCCUCCCUCACCUGUUUGUGGUCUCCCUGUUUCUUAGUACUGUUGUAUUUGCAUACCUGAAGCCCUUAUCCGUUUCCUCCUCAUUCCUGGAUGUGGUGGUAGCAUUUCUAUACUCAGUGGUUCCCCCAACACUGAACCCUAUUAUCUACAGCAUGAGGAACCAGGAGAUCAAGCAUGCCGUCAGCAAAGUGUUGCAAUGUGCACUAUUCCAGCUUCAAUAA